UAAACUAUCAAUUACUGUAUGGUAGCUUUAUUACGGUAAAAUUUUGGACGUAUUUUUGAGAACGAAGUCGAAAUGAGAAGUGUGGAGAAAACAUCAAAGAAAUCGUACUUUGCCCUCCUCGUCCUUUUUCUUCCUCACUUGGCCUGUAAUCCUCUACCGAGCAGAUUGUUUUUCAAUCAGAUUCAACGUCUUGAAUACAAAGUUAAUUAUCUCGCAAAUGAACUGUUAAAAUGUCAACAAAAAGACCAUCAUCUGCAUAUGAUGCGCUUCCAGAAUGCAGAUAUUACAUGCAAUGAUGGAUCGACUGCAGGGUAUUACAUUAAAAGAUCUUACCAAAGCAAAAAUUGGAUUAUUUAUCUUGAAGGGGGAUGGUAUUGCUUCAACGAUGCUUCUUGUACCAAACGAAUGAACAUAAGCGACAUUGAGUCCCUAAUGUCAUCAAAAAAUUGGCCGUUACAACGCAGAGGUUCUGGCAUUCUUUCAUCUAAGGCUAGUGAAAAUCCUUCCUGGUACGAUGCCAAUCACGUAUUGGUGCCAUAUUGUUCCAGUGAUGUUUGGAGUGGAAAUAUAUCAAAGUCGGAGUCUGGAGGAAAAUUUUCGUUUAUGGGUUACAGAAUCAUCAACGAAGUUAUACGAGAACUUUUAAUGAAUGGUUUAAUGGGUGCUAAACAACUUAUCUUGGCUGGAAGCAGUGUUGGGGGCAUCGGUGUGAUCAUGAGCAUUGAUCGUGUAGCCAAAAUGAUGUCAACCGCUGGUUCAUCUUGCAAAGUUCGAGGUAUUGCUGACUCAGGAUGGUAUCUAGAGAGCAAACCAGACUUAAGUAAAUGUAAAAUAAAUCCAACAGUUUGUAAUAGUCCGUCACAUGGCAUACGCAUGGGAAUGAGUUAUUGGAACGGUGUUCUGCCAGAAACGUGUAGCAAUAUGUUUCAACAUGAACCGUGGAGAUGUUACUUUGGUCAUAAUGUGUAUAAAAGUUUGAAAAGUCCUUUAUUCAUUUUCCAAUGGAUUUAUGAUCCCACCCAAGUUUUGGUUCACAAUCCAACGUCAAUGAACGCCAGUCUUAUGAAAGGAGAACUUUUAAUAAAUAGACUAAUGUCAGCAGCGUUGAAAAUGAAAAAAUCAGUUGUCAAGAACGGCCUUAGUGGGGUUUUCUUACCUGCCUGCCUCUCACAUUCAAUUUUAACGAAAAGUGAUUGGCUUAUGGUGAAAGUCAAAGGUUACACACUUGAUCAUGCAGUAAACUGUUGGAUUUCCAAAGAGGAAAGAACAAACUCGUCCCUCUCCUCCAUAUCUCGAUCGACACAUUGCAAAUCAUUCUUAAUCGACAAUUGUACUCUUCCGCAGUGCAAUUCACGUUGCUCUGCCCCCGUAAUCCAUUCACCGGCAAACUUCUCACAACAUCAAAGUUGUCCAGAUUGCCUUUAGGUAGUCAGAACGCAUCACGUAUUGGCUAGUAUUGAUGGUGUUUUAUGAUCAAAAAUAUUAUAAACAAAUGGUAAUGCUGUUAGUAUUAUUUCAUCUGUUGACGACCAGAUGCUUCAAUAUAUAUAAUUUAUUGCAAUGUCAUUGAAAUAUUUUCUUAUAGUGUGCGCUCGUGUUUAUAGGAGACCAGGGCUGGAUUAAGAUGUGUGAAGGCCUUGGGCAGCAAAAAUGCGUAAAGGCCUCCUUUCCCUUACUCUAAAGUCUAUGGAUUGCCCAUUUUUCCAAUUGCAAAGUUCACAUACAAAUUUUGUAAAGCGUCUGAUAAAAGUAUAAAUUUGGUAUAUAGCGUGUAUAGCAUUUGCAUACGAUGAUUUAAUGUUACUUGAGAUAGAGUACUAUGUGAGAUUUGAUUCUAGCAGUUUUGAUAAGUUCGUCCAAGUUUAUUUCUCUUAGAAUAUCGUCCUCAAUGCUCAUCAAAGCAAAAUGGCUGAGUUUACUGUGAUGUAUUGUCAAACGUAGUCUGUUCUUCAUCAAAUGAAAUUAACUUUACGAGUAAACAAAUUGCUCUUUAAAGCAACAAUGUUUAAUUUUCUUUUAAAUAAUGUGGAGGCCCUUGCUUGUGGAGGCCUCCAGGAAGCUGCCCAGUCUUGCCCAUUGAUUAAUCCGGUACUGUAUGAGACGAAUAUUUAUAACUGGGGAAGGCUCAUGUUCACAUAUUCAUAUGUUAUAAUUCAUACGAUUGAUCUCUACUAAAACAUUAAAAUAAGAAAUAAGAAACAAACAAAGUAGAGUAUACUUUAUGUAAAUAUAUGAAAUUGAGUCUCCCCCUUCACAAGUAGUGAUAUUUUGCGGUCCCUGUUGUUGUAAAGCAAUUUCAGUUAAACUUUAUAUCUCUUCUAGCGUCUCUCAUACAUACACCUGAUAUCUGGAUGUGUUUUAAUAAUUUAAUUAAUUUUACUGAAAGUGAUGACAACUUUUUAAAUCUUGUUGAAAUUUCUUAAAUAUAUUUUUUCUUAAAUCAGAGCUUUCUAUAUACUAACUAAAUAUUUUUUUAAUAAAGAUCCGAAUUUCUAUGAUUUA